AUGGCGGCGGCGGCGGCGGCCGGCGGUGAGGGCGAAGAGAGGGGAGGAUUUUGGGCGCCACUUCCCUCUAGCCAUCGCCGCCUCCCCCGAGUCCUUCACCCGCGCCGGCCCAGCACCACCCCGUGCCGUGCCGCUCCUUCCACGGCCCGCCGACACCACCCGCCGCGCUCGUCCCCGACAGCGACGCAGCACCCACCACGGUGGCGUCUCUGGGGAGCACCGGAUCGACCCAAUCGCCUCCAAAGGGCGGCGCGCGGGGAGCUCGUUCGCGGUGGGGGUAGGGGCGGCACCGCGCGGCGAGGCCGUUCGCGGCGGGGGCAGAGGCGGCGCGCGGGGAGCUCAGGGGCAGGGGCCGCAGCGGCGGGGGCAGCGGCGCGCAGCGAGGCCGUUCACAGUGGCCGGCGAGGAGGCGCAGCACGGCCCGUGCGGCGGCGGCCGCUGACAGAGCGGCGUGGCGACCUUCCAGGAGCUGCCGGAGUCCUCCGGCCCCCUCCCUCCUUUCUCCGCCCUCCUUGCUCCAGGCCGCGGACAGGGCGGCAGGGCGGGGGAGCUCGCGCGGCGCCGGCGGAGGUCUGCGCGGUGGUGGAGCGCGCGGCGGUGGCGGGCCUCCUCGAGAUCCGGCCACGCCGAGAGAGGGCGAGGCUCGCCUGCUCGAGCUCCGGCGCGCUCCUCGGCGAAGGCGCCGGCCCCUCUCUCCCCAUCCGGCGGUCUCCCCUAGCACCGGUGGCCUCGGGCUACCUGGCCGGCCGCGUCGUCGCCGCGUCUCCGCGCUUGCCACCACCGCCUCCUCCUGCUCCCUCUCGCCACUGGAUUUGCGACAUUGAAGGGAGGAGCUUCCUUGCUCCACGAGCAGUGGAGACUGGGAGCUCGACCGCCUCCUAUUUGCUCCCACCCGCGGCCUCGCCCCCUCCGCCUGCUUAUCUGCAGGUCCUGGUUGAAGGCCCUGAUGCCGUCAGCCUCGCGGCCGUGGUUGAAGGCCACAGCCACACCCUUACGGAUGGUCCCAUCCUCUCUUGUGCCAAGGACCAUGGAAUCACUGCCUCAGGAGGACAUUGUAUUGCAGGGAGGAUGUGCAGGAAUUAUUUCUUUCUUAUUAUCAAGAGAAGAAGACAGGUGCCCAGCCAAGUGAGCUACGACCGAGCGAGGCUCUAAAGCCGGUGAUGACUGCCAGAAGAACUAAUUUUGUACAAAUCUGAUCCCUUCAUUCAUGAAGUUAGAAGUGACGAGUACUCUAAUGGCUACUCUUAUUCAGUUAUUCAGGGUACAUGCAAAUCUCAAUUGUUUUCAGUAUAUUUGUUGUAAAGUUCCGGCAACUGUCCAGUUAGGGAAAUAUAUUUUAAUUUGAAAUGUUUUCCAGAAUAGAUUUAUUAUGAUUAGGAUGCAUGAUUCCAAUCUAUAAAGCAAGGAUUCUAGAUGUUCAAUGAGAUAUUUAUUUGAAGAAGCUAAUUCUAAAAAUUUAAAUGCCAAGUCUUGCCAUAUUAAGAAUUAAUUGACUAUUCGUGAUCCUCAUGCUAGGAUUGGAUGCGUUGGUGUGUUUUGGCAAAGCAACAAAGAAAGUGAUAUAUUUGAUUAGUAGUAAAAGAAAUCUGAAUCCGAGGCCUCUUGGUUUAUGACAAUAAAUGAGAUCAUAAUUUACCUGAAACCUGAUUUAACAUGGUUGUAGAAGAAUCACUAUGUCAAUAAGGGACAUAUUUAAUUGCAAUGUCUUUACUGAUUUGUUGCCGGCCCAUUAUCUUUUAUAAUGAUUUUUUUGUCUUAUCUUGAAAUUUCUACAUUGGAUGUACCCAUACCUAUUUCACACGUAGCUGUUAUCUGCUAUUUUUUCUCAUGGUUUUGCUUUCUUUUUUUCUACUAAUUUUUAUUGUGUCUCAGAAGGAUGAGGAUUGUACAAAAGGGUGAAGAUAAAAGAGGUAAAAAUAUGUGUUCUCAUCUUAUUCUCACAAGCUGUAUAUUUUUGGUGGAACAAGAGCCGGAGUAUUUAAGAAAAGCCUAAUAUUGUUCGGAGGUUCAUGCUUCAGGUUUUCUUUUCUGUUAAGAUUCUGAUUUGACCACAUACAUGUGGUUGUGGUUGUGCUAUGCUUAUCUUGCCAACAAAUUGUCUAUGGAUCUUUUAUAUAUCCCUUUUUAUAUAUGGUGAUGAAUGCCAUGUGUGUUUUUGCUCUCUACGCACUCCAUGCGAAGAGCAUGAAUAUAGUUUAAUCAUGAUGUAUUGAUGACCGCUACAAGAUUAUGUAAGUCCAACUCUCCCUUGAAUCUAGGUUAAGGAGGGGUGCUAUAGCAGCAUGGUUAAAACUGUAAUAUUUCCUUUCUUGCUGGACUGUUCAUUACUUUGUGGAAUAAGGGAAAGAAGUAGUAAUAGACUAGAAUCCAGAAUUAGUAUCACCCAUUGCAUCCAAUCGUAAGUCGUUGAACUUGAAUUAUUGUAUUGCAGAUCAGUGAAUUCAUACGUAUCUAUCAAGGCCUACACAAGGCAGCAGACUCUUGUCAUUGAGAAGGCAUUUCUUAACAAGAUGGAGUAGAACCUCAUUGUUGCCUCAUUGUACGUAUUCCUGUAGUUUGCAAGAGUUGUCACGUGCCAGGAGCUUUUUUGCCUAUAAUAAAGAGGUAAAGAUAAUCCUUGGAGAGCAACACUGAGAUGAUUCAGAAGAAAAAACAAACACUUUAGGACCAGGGCAAGCCGCAAGCAGUGGCCUACAUGUUUAUGCCUUUAACACCUACAUUAGGCUAUGGAAGCAUUGAUGUACUUCUUCAUAAAACUAUGAACAAUUUAGGGGGCCCUUGUUUUCAGAUGUCAUGGCAAGGAGGGGCCAAGGUCUGGUGCUACUGCCAGGAUGUCAUAUUAGAUUAUAGAAUUUCAGUGAGAUCAUGUAGUGUGAUGUGAGAAAUGCCUUCUUCAUGGACAAGAGGUAGUGAUGUAUUGGUCUCAAUAUUUUUUGAAACUUGAGUCAAUUCCUCUUGCAAGUUAAGAAUGAGGACAUUAUUGCUCAUUAUGAAGGAUAGGAAAGUUAACUGAUAAAUGGUAGGUUUUCUUAUCAUGUUAUAUUAAACAUGUUAAUUUAUGUCACUUUAAUCUUGGAAUUCAUGCCCUCUAUGGAUCCUGGCUAUCUUGACCCGUCAAAGCAACUCGAUUCAGUGUGUUUUUUGGGCAGAGUGUCCGCAUUGUCAUCAGGGUGCCGGCAGCGUAUUCAACACUGGUGGACUCAACUGUUUGGCAAAUUUCAGGAUGGGUGAUUUCUUUAUUGAUCUCAACGAUGCAGCACAGGGUGUUGGUGUUGGAGAAGUUUCUGAAUCUUCCAUGAGCAGUUCUGCUUCCAAGGUGGGGGCAACAAGGAACAAAUAGACCAACUUCUCAGCGUAUGAAGACAACACGCUCCGCAAAUUGUGGCUGGAAAUUAGCUGCGAUCCUGUUGUCAACACCGGCCAGAGGAAGGAAGCCUUUUGGAUUCGUGUGCUCAACAGAUACAAUUCCAAAUGCGGCAGCUAUCCGACGAGGACCCAAAAAUCCAUUAUGAGUCGUUGGGAUCACAUCAAGGCUGAAGUAAGCAAGUUCUCUGGAUACAUGGCUGAGAUGAUUCGUUCUAAUCCUAGUGGCAUGUCAGAUGCAGAUAAGUUAGUGGCUGCUGCUGCUGAUUUUGCUAGUGUGAAGAAGCACAAUUUCACUCUCAUGCACUGCUGGCAAAUCCUGAAGGAUGAGCCCAAAUGGAUGGAGCUUAAAAGAAAAAUGGACACCCUUCAAAAUAGUGGUUCCAGGGAAAAUGUCCCUCCCAGUGUGCAGCGAGACAUUUUCGAUCUUCAUCCCGAAAAGUCCUCAUCAACUAGCCCAUCAAGAAAACGUCCCAUGGGGAGGGACACAUCAAAAGAGGCUAAGAAGAAAGCUGCUUCAGCGUCCUCUGAGUACAUGUCCAAGAUGCAUGACCUAUGUGUUCAGAAGACUGAGUUGUUCAAGGAAACAGAGGGUGAGCGCAAGGCACGGCUAGAUGAAAUUGUUACUAUAGAGAAAGUGAAGGUAGAGGAAGCUCGCAAGCACCGCAAGAUGAUGCUGGACAUAGAGAGGGAAAGGUUGGCUCUGGAUAAGCAACGAUUUCAAAACGAGGCUGAAAAGAAAGAGAAGGAAGAGGACGAGCGCAUUUUAGCCAUUAACCUUGAUCAGUGUCUACCCAUGCAACGCAUGUACUAUCAAGUGCUACAAGAAGAUAUAAUUCAGAAGUUGAUGUCUCGACAUCGUGGACCAACUCAGUGAGGAUCUUGUGCUAUGUAAUCUGGAAUCUUCUAAUAUAUGCUUCUAGUUGUAUCGACAUAUGCUUCUAAUAAAUGCUUCUAGUUGUAAUCUGGGAUCUUCUAAUAUAUGCUUCUAGUUGUGCUAUGUAAUCAGUGUCUAUGUAAUAUGGGAUCUUGUGUCUAUGUAAUCUGGGAUCUAUGCUGGAUCUUGUUCUACUUCUAUUCUGGAAUGUUCUGUAUUUUCUAGAAUGUUAUGUAUCUUGUUCUGAAAGGGUCUUGUUCCUUUCAGAUUUACAGUGCUAA